UGCGAGGAAGGAUUAGAAUGAAAGCUACCAGAAUAGCCUUUGCCGUCGUGUUGGUGGUCCUGGUUUCUCUAUGCAAUGGCGAAAAUCGGGACGUCAAUGACAUUUGUUUGGGGGUGCCUGAUUCAACCUACGUAGGAAGUCUUAUUUCAUGUAGUUAUUACUACGCUUGUAUCGACGGGGUUGCGCAUGGAUUCAGUUGCGACGAAGGAAAAUGGUUUUCGCUAGAACAACAAGCGUGUGUCCUUCCGGCGGAAUCAGAUUGUGAUAUCGAACAACCGCCUGAACUGCCAGAACCGCCACCACCUAACCCAUCGCCUAUUUGUGACGGUGUUCCUAACUUUCAAUACAUACCGUCAACAGAAAACUGUCAAAUCUAUUAUCAAUGUAUCGAUAACAUUGCAUAUAGAUUAUCUUGUCCGAAAUCGUAUUGGUUCAAUGUAACUGCACAAAGAUGUGGAAACCGCUAUGAAUUUGGUUGUGACCUUCUACCAGGAACGACAACGACAUCUCAAACAACACUCACUACUUCUACUACUGUUCCGACUUCUGCACCAAAUAGAUGCGCAGGUGCACCCAAUUUUAGUUUUAUUUCCGAUCCAACCUUCUGUGGAAGAUUCUCCAUUUGCAUGAGUGGAAUAGAUUAUCCAAUGACCUGUUGGGAUGACCUGUGGUUCGAUUAUGAACAGCAAACUUGCAUUGAGCCUUCGCAAUCAGACUGCAACGAGUCAACACCUCCAACAUCACCACCUGCGCCAAAUGUUUGUGAGAACAUCCCCGAUGGGGUAAGUGUUCUCCACAGUAGCUACUGCAAUGAAUAUCUUACCUGUAUGGAUCAAGUAGGAACUUCUACUGUUUGUACCGAUGGCUUAUGGUUCGAUACUGAUCAACAGGAAUGUAGUCAUCCUAUUGAUGCAUACUGUCCGUAUGGGGUAAACGAACUACCUCCUACUCCAAAUAUUUGCAUUGGAAUAGAAGAUGGUGUUUUAGUCGCCUCUCCAUACAAUUGCCACUCCUAUUACGUGUGUGCUAAUGAUAUCGCUUACCGAGUGUUUUGUCCUCCUGAUCAAUAUUUCGACAGAGAGCGGCAAAUCUGUUAUCACAAUGAACAUGUUAUUUGCCCAGUAUAGAAAAUAGUGAGAUAGUAGUUUUAUAGAAUAAAAGCUACAAUAAUAAAUAAA